GCACAAGCAUGGCUCUGUCCAACUCUAGAACUCUUCUUCCCACUCUCCAAAUCUUGGUUUUCCUCUUCCAAUUCUCAUUCAUCCUAAUCCCCCUUGCCAGCCCACUCUCCUUCAACUUCUCUGGUAGUUCUCUGGACAAACCAAACCUACGUUACCAGGCCGAUGCCUUCUUCGAUGGCACCGUCAUCCAGCUCACUAAGAACCAAGCCGACUCUUCCCCUUCCUCCCUUCAAAGGAGUGUAGGCAGAGUCACAUAUCCUGACCCAGUCCUCUUCCAUGACAACACCUCAGUCAUCAACUUUUCUACGUGUUUCUCCUUCAAGAUGGGCGACUUCAGCAGUAGUGCAAGUGCCGAUGGGCUCGCCUUCUUCCUCUCGCCGUAUCCUUCUGAGAUCCCGGAGAAUUCAUAUGGUGGGACUCUUGGUCUGUUUAGUACUUUUGGUGCCAACAAAACCAGAAACAAUACAAUUGUGGCCAUCGAGUUUGAUAGCUUCAAAAACGUUGAAUACGACGAUUCAAGCUCCAAUCAUGUGGGAAUCGACGUCCACACCAUCUUUUCCGUGGCGCAUGUGGACUUGCAAGCUAGCAUCAGACAGCAUGUCUUUGAUGCAUGCGUUUGCUACACUGCUAGUACUAAAAAUUUGAGUGUCUCUCUUCGAAAUACCUCAGAUGCUACGAGGUAUUGGAGCAUCUCUCAUGUUGUUGACUUGAGGGAGGUCUUGCCUGAUAAAGGAGUCAUUGGCUUCUCAGCUGCAACAGGUAACAAGAUCGAGUCCCAUCGCAUUCGAUCGUGGAAUUUCUCUUCCACGGAUUUGGAUCAAACCAACUUGAGUCAUUCAAACUAUAAAGCCUUGGCGUCCGCCAUUGGCGCUGGGGUCGUGGCAUGUGGGUUUGGUUUUGUAUGUGUUUUCAGAUAUCGUCAAUGUAAAAAGGGCAGCUCAGCGACGGAACAAGUAGUGGAGAUGACCAUCGAUUCAUUGAUCAAUGAUGCAUUUGAGAGAAGUGGCGGACCAAGGAGAAUUCCUUACAGUGUACUUGUGACUGCAACCAAAAAUUUUACAGAGGAGGGGAAGCUUGGGGAGGGAGGAUUCGGGGGCGUCUACAAGGGAGCAUUGCGUGGCUCGAAUCUCGAAGUGGCCGUCAAAAGGAUAUCCAGAGGUUCCAAGCAAGGGACCAAAGAAUACUUAUCAGAAGUCACCAUCAUAAGUCGGCUAAGGCAUCGCAAUCUUGUGCAGCUGGUUGGCUACUGUCAUGAAAAGAAUGACCUGCUGCUUGUCUACGAGUACAUGCCCAACCAAAGCCUUGAUUACCAUCUACGCCACAAGGAGAACUUGCUUGCAUGGCCAGAGAGGUAUAAGAUUGCUUUGGGAUUGGCCUCCGCGUUGCUCUAUCUUCAUGAGGAGUGGGAGCAGUGCGUCGUCCACAGAGAUGUGAAGCCAAGCAACGUGAUGCUGGAUGCAGAAUUCAACGCUAAACUCGGCGAUUUUGGUUUGGCAAAGCUUGUGGAUCAUGAUGGCGACUCCACAACCACAGUGUUGGCAGGGACCCGGGGAUACAUGGCACCUGAAUAUGCCUUUACAGGUAAAGCUUGCAAAGAGUCCGAUGUCUAUAGCUUUGGAGUAGUAAUAUUAGAAAUUGCAAGUGGUAGAAAGCCAAUUGCAUUAAAGUAUGGUGAAAUGAAUUUGGUUGAGUGGAUUUGGAAGCUUUAUGGGAUAAGAAUGCAUCUAAAUGCAGCAGAUGAAAGGUUAAAAAUGGAGUUUGAUGAGCAACAAAUGGAGUGCUUGCUAAUUGUUGGGCUAUGGUGCACUUACCCACAUUACGAACUAAGGCCAUCAAUAAGGCAAGCUAUUAAUGUUCUGAAAUUUGAUGCUCCACUACCGAUUUUGUCACCUAAUGUGCCUCUUCCAACUUUUUUUCAUCCUCCUCAAGUUGAUGUCUCUAAUCUUUAUAGUAGCCACCCUAAUAUUCCAAGCUCAUCAAUCGAGUCACAAAGCUGAAGGGUGGUAGUAUUGUGGCAAGUGAUUUUGAUACUAAUGCUAUGUCGCAUAUUAGAUUUGCAAGUUACAUUUCAGUCUUAUAGUUUGGAGUCCUAUAUAUGUUAAGCUUGUGGAUUCUAGAUGUUUAUGUCAUUUGUGAUCUUCUCCCCUUCUGGUUGUAAUUGUAAAAGGAUUUGAUUAAAAAUUGAUGCUUUUGGGUUGAUA